AUGAGAAUGCACUUCUCACUACAGACUACAAUAUGUCUUGUGGCUUCAGCAUGCGGUAGAAGCGUGGCUGCCCAAGCUGACUACACGAACUAUGUCAACGUCUUCAUGGGCACAACGGGCGGAGGAAAUAGGUUUCCCGGGGUAGUCGCUGCUCCCUUUGCUAUGGUCAAGCUUGGACCGGAUGUGCAGUCGGGAACCACCGACGCCUACUCUGGAUAUCUGCCCAGCGGCAAUAUCUGGGGCUUCAGCAUGAUGCAUGAAUCUGGAACUGGAGGCGCGCCUAAAUAUGGCGUUGUAUCGCAAAUGCCAGUCGUCGGGAAUGUGUCGAAUCCCUUAGCCGACCUAUCUCAAGGAAGGGCUGCCGCAGAUCAGGGCCAGAUUGGUUACUACAAGUCUUCGCUUACGAGCGGCGUCACGGUAGAGUUGGCCGCAAUGGAGCAUGCCGGUCUGUAUCAGUAUUCAUUCCCAAGCGGCAGCUCCUCGUCCGUAGUAGUCGAUGUUUCUCAUGUGUUGCCGAGUUUUAGAGGCCUUGGUUGGGAACAGCAUUAUUCAGGAGGUAAUUUUACCUACUCCUCUGACGGUCAUUACGAAGGAUCAGGAACCUAUAAUAACGGCUGGAAUCUUUCUCCCGAUUGGACGAUAUACUUUUGCGGCAGAUUCAGUCAGCAGCCAUCAAGCAUGAAGACUUUCAAGGGUACCGGCACCACAUUAUCUUCGUACGAUAGCACGCCUUCCGUGUCCGGGACCGAGCGUGUUGGUGGCGUCUUUACAUUCACACAGACUAAUCUGACCUCCCGCGUCGGCAUCUCGUUCAUUUCUUCAAGCAAGGCCUGCGAAAACCUCGAUCGCGAGAUUCAAGAGUCAACUAGCUUGCAAUCUCUCAUGAAUAACGCGAAGAGCAAGUGGAACGCACAAGUCCUCUCCAAAGUCCAGGUCUCCGGUGCUAGCGACGCGGAUUUGCAGCUCCUGUACAGCUCGCUGCUGGGCAUGUUCUUGAUCCCUUCCAACCGGACUGGAGAGAACCCCGGGUGGAGCAGCGCAGAGCCCUACUAUGAUGACUCCUUCACGCUGUGGGACACGCAUAGAUGCCACACCGCGCUUUUUCAUAUCCUCGAACCCGUGGCUUACGAGGAGUUUAUCCGCUCCCUCAUCGAUAUCUGGAGGCACGACGGGUUUAUGUCCGAUGCUCGCUCUUCUAAUUACAACGGGCGUGUUCAAGGCGGUUCGAACCAAGACAACGUGCUUGCGGAUGCGUACGUCAAGGGCGUCAGAGGCGCCAUCAACUGGCAAGACGGCUUCUCGGCCAUGCAGACCGAUGCGGAGGAAACACCGCCGAACAACCACGACCCGAAAGCUCCAGACUCCUCCACUAAGGAAGGACGAGGCGCUCUUCCUGACUGGCUGAAGUACGGAUACAUCACGCCCGCGUUCACAAGAGCCGUCUCCCGAGCCGUCGAGUACUCUACGAACGAUUUCGGUCUCUACCAAGUCGCCAGCGGCCUUGGGAAUUCCGCGGAUGCGCAGAAGUAUCUCACCCGCUCGCGAAACUGGCGCAAUCACUGGAAUCCCGCUGCAACCUCCAACAACCACAGCGGCUUCGUCGUCCCGCGUCUCGCAAACGGCUCCUUCGUCGCGCAAGACCCUCUGGGCUGCGGCGGCUGCUACUGGGGCGAUGCAUACUACGAGGACAAUCCGUGGGUCUACAGCCUGAACGCCAUUCAUGACGUCUACACGAUGAAGAAGUUUAUUGGCGGCGAUGACAAGUUUGUGGAUAGGAUCAACAAGCUGUGGGAUCUCAAGAUCUUCAACGCGGGCAAUGAACCCAGCUUUACGAGCCCGUAUCUGUAUAACUUCGUCAAAGGGAAGCAAUACAUGAGCGUUCAGCGGAGCAGGGAUAUCGGCAAGCUCUAUAAUAGCGGCGCCGCUGGCUUGCCGGGCAAUUCGGAUGCGGGGGCUAUGGAGAGCAAUAUCCUAUGGCAGAUGAUCGGUCUCUACCCCAUGACCGGCCAAACGACAUUCCUCGUUCUGUCUCCAUGGUUCCCGCAGCUUUCCAUCGAUCUUGGGAACGGGAGAAGGCUCGAGAUCACGACGACGGGUGGGAACAAGGAUUCGGCGUACUACGUGCAGAGCCUGAAGGUAAAUGGGGAGAAUUGGACUAAAGCUUGGGUGACAUACCAGGAUGUCUUUGCCAGUGGAGGCACCAUGGAAUUCGUGCUCGGGAGCACUCCGGCGGACUGGGCUACGGAUGACUUGCCUCCAAGCCCGGCGUCUGGUGAUUUGUAG